AUGCUUUUACUCCACAUGAAAAGGUAUCUUAAAAAGUUUAUUUCUGUUGUCUUUGUAGAGUUAUCUAAUUCUUUACCCAGAAAAAAUAAUAAAUUUUUUAAAGCUGAAAUAAAAAGGAGGAAGCAGGAAGUAAUAGAUACUUCACAAAAAGAAAUUAGAUAUUUAAUAUUUCUACAUGACAUCGAAAUACAAGAAUUAAGUUUAAGCAUUUAUUCCUAG